CGGGCAGAAGGGCUCGCCCGGACGACGACGCCGAGGACGAGGCAGCCGAGGCGGCGAGGCAAAGGCAGGGGAAGCGGCCGCGCCUUCGCCCUCCCGCUGCUGCUCCUGCCGCCCAAGCCCUCUUCGCUGCGCCGCCUCCUCCGCCGCCGACCCCCGCCGAAGCCCCCCGCGCCCGGCAUGGCCUCCACCGCCACCUGCACCCGCUUCACCGACGAGUACCAGCUCUUCGAGGAGCUCGGGAAGGGGGCUUUUUCAGUGGUGAGAAGAUGCAUGAAAAUCACAACGGGACAAGAGUAUGCUGCCAAAAUUAUCAACACGAAAAAGCUGUCAGCAAGGGAUCACCAGAAAUUGGAAAGAGAAGCUAGAAUCUGUCGCCUUUUGAAGCACCCUAAUAUUGUGCGACUUCAUGACAGCAUAUCAGAGGAAGGAUUUCAUUACUUAGUCUUUGAUUUAGUCACUGGUGGUGAAUUAUUUGAGGACAUUGUUGCAAGAGAAUAUUAUAGUGAAGCAGAUGCAAGUCAUUGCAUUCAGCAGAUCCUGGAGGCUGUGCUACACUGUCAUCAGAUGGGCGUAGUCCAUCGGGACUUGAAGCCUGAGAAUUUGCUUCUAGCUAGCAAGUCAAAGGGAGCUGCUGUGAAACUGGCAGAUUUUGGUUUGGCUAUUGAAGUGCAAGGUGAACAACAGGCCUGGUUUGGUUUUGCUGGUACACCAGGUUACCUGUCCCCUGAGGUGUUACGGAAAGAUCCUUAUGGAAAGCCAGUGGACAUGUGGGCAUGUGGUGUUAUUCUCUACAUUCUCUUGGUGGGAUACCCUCCUUUUUGGGAUGAAGAUCAACAUAGACUUUAUCAACAGAUUAAGGCUGGCGCAUAUGAUUUUCCUUCACCAGAAUGGGACACGGUGACCCCAGAAGCCAAAGACCUUAUCAACAAAAUGCUUACAAUCAAUCCUGCCAAACGUAUCUGUGCAUCAGAUGCCCUCAAACAUCCAUGGAUUUGUCAACGUUCUACUGUUGCUUCUAUGAUGCACAGACAGGAGACUGUUGAUUGCCUGAAGAAGUUCAAUGCAAGAAGGAAACUUAAGGGUGCCAUUUUGACAACUAUGCUGGCUACAAGAAAUUUCUCAGCAGCGAAGAGUUUACUGAAGAAACCUGAUGGAGUGAAGAAAAGGAAGUCCAGUUCGAGUGUUCAAAUGAUGAUAAACAACAAAACCAACGUGGUAACCAGCCCCAAAGAAAAUAUUCCUACCCCAGCGCUGGAGCCCCAAACUACUGUAAUCCACAACCCAGAUGGAAAUAAGGAAUCAACAGAGAGCUCCAAUACAACAAUUGAAGAUGAAGAUGUGAAAGCUCGUAAACAGGAGAUUAUCAAGGUUACAGAGCAGCUGAUUGAAGCUAUCAAUAAUGGGGAUUUUGAAGCCUACACGAAAAUCUGUGACCCUGGCCUUACCUCAUUUGAACCUGAAGCUUUGGGGAACCUUGUAGAAGGGAUGGACUUCCACCGGUUUUACUUUGAAAAUGCUUUGUCUAAGAGUAACAAGCCAAUCCAUACCAUUAUCCUGAAUCCUCACGUCCACCUUGUGGGUGAUGAUGCUGCCUGCAUUGCAUAUAUAAGGCUGACUCAAUACAUGGAUGGGAGCGGGAUGCCAAAAACUAUGCAGUCAGAAGAGACACGGGUCUGGCAUCGCCGUGAUGGAAAAUGGCAGAAUGUUCACUUUCAUCGUUCAGGAUCACCAACAGUACCUAUCAACUAAAUGUCAGUGGUGCCACAUUGUGUCCUCUGCACUCUGCACUUGGUUGGCUACCAACGCAGCCUCCCCUUUGCCCUCUUCAUGCAUGUUCUUUAAAUGCAUGAAGCUGUGAAGUUUCUACGUGUGGUACAUUUAUGAUGCAUCAUUUUGCUGUAUAUUCCAUUGGUAUCUUUUGUUUAUACAGUGAAGGGGAUGCUCCAAGCAAACUGAAACUGGAAUUACAAGAUGAGAGAAAAGAGAAAAUGGAAAUGUGAGAAUAUAUGCAGCAUAUACUUCUCCUGCCAAUGUAUUUUUUAAAAAUUCUAUCGAAAUGAAGGUUUAGAAAAAAGUGUAUUUCAGUUACUGCAGUUUUGCUUUUUGACUAAUUUGUUUUUAAAUACUAUUGUAUAUUGCUUUGGUCAUAGUAAAAUUAAUGAAAUUCCAACUUUCUUAUUGUUGGACAUAUGAGUAGAAAUACUUAACUAGACCAAAGCAUUUCUGUAGGCUUGGGAUCACGGGGACUCAUCUUUCCUAUGAGUCACUCAGUAAACUGGAGAAAAAUCACAUAGUUUGGUGACUUAUCUAGAAUCAUCUGUCACUGUUGUUUGGUCAGCAAGAGGUUUUUUUAAUCAUUUGUUUAGCUAUGUUCUAACUACAAGGGAAAAAAGAUAUUUUUAAGUAGUGUUUCUAGAUUUUUGAAAAACAAGCAGUGAACAGAGAUGGGUCAGGUUUUGGUAGUGAUGGAUACAACUUUUUUUUAAUCAUAUGGAUGUACAGCACAUUUAUUAAAGCAAGUUGUAGGGGAUUCUUUUUAAACUAAUGUGUGGUAGCCUAGAACAAUUAGGCCUUAAAAGCUUAGUGUCAGAAGUUUACUUGUCUACAUAUUUUGUAGCAAUUUAUUAUCUUAAAACAACUACCAGGAAAACAUGUUUUCUAAUAAUACUAUCACACUUUUACAGUCAUUAUUUUCUCAUGGCUUUUCAAAGGCCUUGCACCAUCUGGAAUAAAUCAUUUUUUUAGGUUUGGCUAACUCCUACCCACCCACCCUCCUGUCGCUGUAUAUAUCUACCUGCAAAAUGAGCAGGAAAUAUAUUCAGUGUCAAUUUAGAGCAGAUUGUUCAGUUGCUGUUUGAUUGCUUCCGUUGUGUACAUGUGAAAUUAUAUUCCUGCAAGCACUGCUCUUCUUCGUUCAAAAUAAAAAUAGGGAUUUUGUUUUUGUUUAGCUUUGGUGGUUUCUUUAUUCUUUUUGGUCAACAGUGGAGCUAUCAAUUCUCUGUAACACUGUAUAGCGCAUGAAUCUUUGAUCAAUGUUAUUUUUAGUAAGUAAAAUUUACAAACUUGCAGCAGCUUGAAAAUGUUAAUACAGAGAAAGAAACAAAAGUCCCAGUUUGUAAAAUUUUCAUCUAUCUGUAUUGAUUACUAAUCAAAAGUGAUUCUUACCAUUUACACCUCAGUGUUGUUCCUAGUAAUCAUAUGUUAAAGAUGUUUAACCUUCUUCUCUGGUGAUAAUGAUUAUAUACUUUCAGCCCAUGGCAAUAUGUAUAGCAAAUAAAUAAAGUAAAUGUCUUGAGCCAUAUUAACCUGCCAAUGGGAAUCUGUGAAAAUGCAAUGGCCUCGUGCAUUUUUUAAAAGAAGAAAGUAAUAAAUUUCUUAUUUUGCAAAGCAGCUUUAGAUGGUAUAUGUGUAUUUACAUUUAACAACAUUCGGUGUAUGAUUCUUUUUCUUCUUCUUUUUUCUUUUACACUUUUUACCAGAGCAUGUGGUGUUGCCAUAUUAUUCUAGUUCAAGUCUGUCUUCCCCAUUGAUAUGUUGGAAAUAUUGUGCGACUUAGUUCUCUUCACUCCAAGCUGAAUUAUACACCUAAUCUGUUGUCAUUUCAAAACACUGCAAUUUACCAUGGGACACAGUAUAUGUCUGUACAUAUAUAUAUUUCUUGCCAUAAUGGUAAAGAACUGACAGAUAUAUUUAAGAAUUAAUAAAUUUGUGUUUUCUGCUGAAA